AUGCGCCUUGCCCGAAGAAAACAACCAUACAAAGUAAUACCUCUAGAGUAUCAUGACUUUAUAGAUUUCAAGAAACUAUCCAGAGGUCAACAAAUAUUGUCAGUAAGAACAUCGGAUUCUGGAAAUUCCACAAAAUGGACAGAUAUUAUGGAAUUAAAGGUAAAGAAAUCUGAUCCAUUCAAAAUAUUUUUCAAAAAUAGUCACCUUCAAGAAGACUUCGAUUUGCUUACACUUAAAAGAUUACAAACUGAUUUGGAGCCUCUAAAUCGAGAACUUCAAAAUCUCAAAGCUGACAAAUACUAUGUGAAGGGUCUUUGCCAGUAG